AUGGGCGAUCGUCUUCUUCGCCCAGCUCGUUGCCCCAGCGAAGUGUGGGCCCUCAUGAGGCAAUGCUGGCAGAGCGAGCCGUUGAGACCGCAAGAGAUCAUGCGAGAUAUGAACCAUAUGCUACAUAGAGAGUACGUCCCAAUACACGAAUAUGAGGAACCGAAGAUUUCUCUCGACCACCUGGAACAUGCUGAUACUGUUUCGAGUGACAGAUUUAUCCCAAGCGAAUUGAGUGACGCCGGCAGCAAUAAGUCUCUCAUAUCAGUUGACAGCAGUGCACCAUCGAUGAAUGGUACCAUGUCGGAUCAUUAUGAUAAUAUGUUUGGUGACAACAAGAGCGCAAACUCCUUCGAGCACAACAUGAACGCGUUAGCUUACGCACUGCGCAACGAAACGCUGUCUUGCGGCCGAAGCAGCCGGAGCAGCGUGUUGGGAGUGGGUCUCGGCCUGGGUUUGGAGACGGCUGAUGAAUUCGCAUGCUCAGCACCACGGCUCAUGGAGUCUAUUGUGUCACAGGGGAAGACCUACCUCGUCACCAUCACUAAGAAGAUUGGUAGUGGUAACUACGGUCAUGUAUUCAAAGGGUGGAUGGAACGCGACAAUCAAGAAUCUCAAAGGAAGGAAGUGGCUGUCAAGAAGUUGACGCGUCAGGAGUCGGAGAGAAAUGGCAGUUUAUACGAAGAUUUCAAGAACGAGUUGGAGAUUAUGAAGUCGUUGCAACACAUAAACAUUGUGGAGAUCCUGGGUUACUCCUGGGACCACGGGUCUGAUGUGCUGAUCGUUAUGGAGUAUUUGGAAGAGGGCUCGCUCAACUACUACCUCAAGUUCCAGGGGGAUAAGUUACGCCUGUCCCACCUUCUUAAGUAUUGCAAGGAUAUUGCCACUGGUAUGGACCAUGUUUCCGCAAAGAACGUCGUACACCGUGACCUCGCAACACGCAACAUUCUGGUGGUGAACAAAUACCAUGUUAAGAUCUCCGAUUUUGGCUUAGCACGGAUCAUACCAAAGGAGGAGAAUGCUUACAGAAUAAAGACUGAAAGAUUACUGCCUAUUAAUUGGUAUGCGCCGGAGUCGGCUGUGGAGCCGUGGCAUUUUUCUACUAAGAGUGACGUCUGGUCGUACGGAGUGACGGCUUGGGAAAUAUUAACUCGCGCACGACUUGAAGUCCCCAAGUUUGACGUGGAACGACCGAGAGAAAGAGCUUCCUGUUUCCAAAUACCGGAUGGGUGUCCGUCAGAAAUAUUCCGUCACCUCAUGAAAGACUGCUGGGCGUUGGACCCCAACAUGAGGCCCAAGUUCAUUGACCUCGUGCACAUGUGCAAGCGAUUUAUGGACGAAUACAAUUGA